AUGGUAGUGGUGGUGGUGGUGGUGGUGUUUAUCUUGAUUAAAGUGCAAGGGCAGCAGAGUUAUGUGGACAACAAACAGCUCGACUGCUACAACCACUACAACACCACCGACGGCUAUGUCUGCAACGGCGUCGCAUCGUCAUGCCUCUCCUACCUCACCUUCCGUUCCAUCCCUCCUUAUUACGACUCCCCGACCUCCAUCGCCUACCUGCUGGGCUCCGAACCCGCCCGCAUCGCUGCAGCCAACAACAUCUCCGAUGUUCAGCCCAUUCCCACGGACACCCUCAUACUCGUGCCCGUCAACUGCUCUUGCUCCUCCUCUUACUACCAGCACAACGCCUCCUAUGUGCUCAAAAGCUCCGAUGAUACCUACUUCGGAGUGGCCAACAACACCUACCAGGGCCUCACCACCUGCCAGGCCCUCAUGGCUCACAACCCCUUCCGCGACACUAACCUCACGGUGGGCCUCACUCUUCAAGUCCCCCUGAGGUGCGCUUGCCCCACCGCCAACCAGACCGCCGCUGGGGUCAAGUUCCUCCUCUCUUACCUGGUCACCUGGGGAGACGACCUUACUACCAUCGCCCAACGCUUCGGUUUAGACGUACCCACCUUGCUCCAAGCCAAUCGCCUCUCUUCCAACGACCUCAUCUAUCCCUUCACCCAACUUCUGAUCCCUCUCACUUCCCAACCUACCCCUGCUCAACUGCAACCACGCUCUUCUCCUCCUCCUCCUCCAUCCGCCGCUCCACCUCCAAACUCCAACAACAACAACAGCAAAAUCAACAAACCUAUCUUAGUGGGUGUCGGCGUUGCAGCCGCUUGCCUCCUCCUCCUCGUUAUUACGGUCUUUCUCCUGUUACGCCGCCGUCGUCGUCGUCAACAUUACCAAUCGGCGGCGGCUACGGAAUCCCCCAACUCCAAACUACAAGUCUCUUCUGGACCUGGACCUGGACCUGGACCUGGUAAGAUCGCAGACUACUUGUCAACCUCGCCACUACCUUCAUCCGACACCAUUUCUUCUAGAGGGCUUGGCUAUGCUGUUGAGUCCUUGACCCUUUACGAAUUGGAGCAGCUGCAGAGGGCCACCCAAUUCUUCAGCGAAGCCAACAGAAUUCAAGGAUCCGUGUUCAGAGGAUCGUUUGAGGGGGACGAUGCCGCCAUCAAGGUGGUGAUAGGGGAUGUCUCACAGUCUGGAGACGAGAUCAACCUCCUCAAGCGGAUCAACCACUCCAACAUCAUCAGGCUCUCUGGCUUCUGCGUCCACCAGGGACACACCUACCUUGUCUACGAGUAUGCUCCCUCUGGCUCUCUUUCCCACUGCCUUCAUUCUCCUACUACACUGUCAUGGAAGCAGAGGGUUCAGAUUGCCCACGACGUCGCUGAUGCUCUCAACUAUCUCCACAACUUCACCCACCCUCCCUGUAUCCACAACAAUUUGAAGACCAGCAACAUCCUCUUGGAUGCCAGUUUGAGGGCCAAGCUUUCCAAUUUUGGCUUGGCAAGACCCCUUCUCGUCUCCCACAGUCACAAUCACAAUCAAGACCAACUCCAACUCACCAGACAUGUGGUGGGCACUCAUGGCUAUAUGCCGCCAGAGUACAUCCAAAACGGGGUCAUUACUCCUAAACUAGAUGUCUUUGCAUUUGGGGUCGUCUUGUUGGAGCUCUUAUCUGGAAGAGAAGCUGCUGCUCCCGCUCCCGCCUCUAAUAAUGGUGGUUCAGGAGAUGAUCAAGAGUUGUUACUAUCUGCGUCCAUAAGUGGGGUGUUGGAAGGAGACCAUGUUAGAGACAAACUUGAAGGCUUUAUGGAUCCUUCUCUUAAGCGCGAGUACCCCUUGGAUCUCGCUUUUUCCAUGGCCCAGUUGGCUAAAAGCUGCGUUGCAACUCAGAUCAACUCUCGCCCCACCAUGGCUGAAGCCUUCAUGACACUCUCCAAGAUUCUUUCCUCCACACUGGACUGGGAUCCAUCUGAUGCUGAUGAGCUCCAACACUCAACCACCUCACUCAGUCUUGGAAGAUAG